AUGAACAUAGACUAAUUAUUAAAUGUUGUGGCUGAGAGGAUGGAUGAGUUCGAUAUCGGUAGUGUUGUAUAGCAUUAUUUGUUCGAUUUGGCUCAGAUGGUGGAUGACAAUUAAAACUAAGUAAUUGAUUUGCAAAGUUUUGUAACAUUUUAUGUGUAACGAAUGGAGGAGAGUGGUUUGGAUGGAUUAAUUACUAUAACAAGAUUAUUAUAAUUUUAUCAGGAUGUGCGAUCACAAAUCCAAUGCUCUGUAUAAUUAAAGCAUAUCACAGACUAUUUGAUUUCAAGUGCCGAAUAAUUGGAUAUUCAUUUCAAUAAGAAGUUUCUUCCUAAGCAUCAGAUCAGAACAAAAAAGCGUUAACUAAUAGCUUCAGAAAUAUCACCACCAGAAAUACUGGGGUUGAAUCAGGAUAUGCUUAGGAGGAUAGUGAAUGAUCUAAAGACAAUUGACACCAACAGUAAGACAUAAAUAAUCUAGGCGAUCGCACAUUAGAAUGAACUGUUUCUAUUGAUGCAAUUUCAAGAGAGGAUAAGUUUAUUUGUGGGUUUUGAGUUUCAAAAGUUUAUUAAUCUAAAAAAGAAUGAUGAAGGCAAUUAUAUACAGUUUAUUAGUUAUGGCAAUGAAAGAUUGGGAUGCGUGAUGCGUGAUUUAACAAUUGUGUUUUGGGAUCAGAGUGAUGGCUACUAAUUUGAUUACAAAGUAGAGAACAAUGUGGAGAUCUCCAAAUUGAGAUAUCUUCAUCUCUAAGAUUAAUGGAUAAGUGUAAAUAAACAGAAUUAAAUAAUGAUAUGGAAUUUAGAAACUGCCAACUAUACAUGUAUAACUCAAUAGAUAAAUUCAAUUACAGAGAUCUGCGAAAUAGAUCAUCUUCAAAUGUUAUUGGUGAUCUCCAAUCCCAAUAUAAUCAACUGCUUUGAUAUGUUCGAACAGAAAUUCCUCUUUAGAUUCUCCACUCUCCACAACAUCAUAACCAAUGUCAAGUAUUCGAGAACAUUUCAAUUGAUAUUUACUAUUGGUCUGGAUAGUUAAAUAUGUUGUUAUCAAUUGCACACCAAAUACAAUGACCAAAAUUUGAAAUGCUAAUUAAAAGGUCAUUUAUAGACUAUAAGUUGUAUUGAACUGCUUGAAAACACAUCGCUUUUGGUAAGUAUCGAUUGUAAAAACACUAUCAUACUGUGGGAUAUCAGAUCAUAAUAGAUUCAUUAACACAUUAAAUUGUAAACUAAAUUAAUGUCCAAAUAGUUAUUCUAUUACAAUAAGUGUUUGUGUCUCAUUACCACCAGGUUGCAGGCUUUGAGGUUUGAACAACAUGAUGACACACCCAAAAACACCAAAUUAAUUGAAUUGAUUUAUGAUCAAUGGAAUCAAAGGAAUAUCAUAGUAACAAGGACAGAUGUGAGAAUUCAAAAUUGCAUAAACGGGAAAAUUGAAUACAUCUUAUAAGACUUUAAGGACGAGAUAACCGCAGUUUGUCUCAUAGAACAUAACAAUUAUAUGAUAUUAGGCACAUCUGAAGGGCAUGUGAUGAAAGUGUUAAUUAAAAACGGAGAGAUCGUCCAAUAAUGGGAUUAAUUAUUCAAUGAGGAGAUCAUUAAAAUAGCAUAUGAUGAAACAUCCAAUUUGCUGCAUAUAUUUAAUAUUGACUCCUCUCUCAAAUGUCUACCAUUGCAACAUCUAAAUGUACGUAAAGACAAUGUGAUUGCCAAAGAUAAGAGAGCUCUCAGGUAAUUGAUGCAUCAUUCUUAAGUGAAUAUAUGCACAUUCAAUCUAUCUCAUGGGUUGUUGAUUACAAGUAACGAUGACUUUAUCACUAUAUGGAAUCUUGAAUAUUACUCAGUGGUUAUUCAAAUUCAAUUGGAAGAAUAGGCCAUUGCCACUAGUAUUGUGAUAUCCAAUAAUAGAUAAUACUUCAUUGUUGGCACCAAUCAAGCUUCAUUGUACUUUAUAUCGAUAACAUCCAAAAAUGAUCAUUAUGUAUGUGCGAUUGAGUCUAUUUUAAAUGUAGAAAGUGGUCUCCUGAUGUUGACCAGUAUCAACGAAAGAAACUAUGCCACUUAAAUGUUGAUAGAUGACAUUGACUUGAUUGUUGGAUUGAACAAUGGGUAUAUGUUGAAAUAUGACAUUUCUGAAUUGAAACUGCAACAUCAGGAUCCCAUCAACACCAAACCAAACUACAAUCCAUACCGAGUUAUUUAUCAUAAUAGUAUCUAAGAACACUUUAUUGAUAACUACAGAAUUCUCAACUCUUAUUUAGUUAAAGAUAUUAAUAUGAGCUAACACUUAAUAUAACUUCAACGAUCACCCAAUUAGAAAAUUAAGUAAAAGUUCAGAACAGGAAUGACUAGAUUGAGUGCAGUCAAAAAUAUGGCAGGCUAAUUCUAUGAUCAGCAUUUUGAAAAUCCAAAUUAAUCACCUACUUUGAGUGUUUCAAUUCACUCAGAAAGUGUAAUCCAAUUGUCAUACAUGCAAAUUGAUCCUUUUGAAGUACUCUUUUCUACCAAAACAUAACUUAUAAUUUCAGCUAGCAGUAAUGACAUUAUCAAAAUAAUAAAUAAAUAAUUUGAAGUGCUAUGUUUAUUUGAAAUUAACAAUCCCACUUCUCAUUUUUGGAAUCUCAAUGCUCAAACUUACAAAUUAAAAGCCCAUAUCCUUUUUGCUCUCGAAUUACUAAAGUCUAUUCAACACAAACUCACCAAAGAAAAAUAGAUGUCCUAUAAUAUUGACAACAUUUUAAGAGAAUGCUCCUUGAUUUACAUGAAGAAUAAAUACUAUCCAUCUAAAGCCUAGAGUCAUACUCUAACCAGUAAUCAAAACAACAUCACAAGCUCUCUCCCUGAUCUAAUCAACAAAAGCACUCAUUCUCUUAGAUUUUAUAAUGAAAAAAUCAAGUAUCAGAAACAAUAAUUGGAUAUCCAACAAUAGGAAAAACAAAUUGAGGAUUCAGCAAAGCAGAGGAACAGAUACUUUUAAACAUAAUAAUUACAAAGUCAAAAGAAGGAGAUUUUAGAUUACCUAAGAUCUGAUGAUAAACAAAAUGAGCAUGACGAUUUUGCUAAGACUUUGAUCAAUAUGCGUAUGAGAACAGAACCGAAGAGCAAUCUACAAAUCUCAAAGAUAACUCGAACUACCAAUUUUACAGAGAUGACCAAUCGUUCUCAAGUGAAAUUUCCUAAUCACAGUAAGGAAGUAUUCAAUUUGAUUAAGUAAGUUAUAUCUAGUCCAAGCAAAAGAUUCACAGCUCAAGAAAAAAGUGAGAUAAAAUCAAAAUUAAAAAUCCCGAAAAUGGAAAAGUUCAAGUCUAAAUUAUCUUGA